AUGCAAAUCCUACAUAUCCCAUGCUUGGAAGAUAACUAUUCCUAUGUGAUUAUCGAUGAGGCUACCAAAGAAGCAGCAGUGGUGGAUCCCGUUGAGCCUCACAAGAUUCUUCGGAUCGCCCAAGAAAACGGGGUUGAACUUAAGCUAGUUCUCACCACUCACCACCACUGGGAUCAUGCCGGUGGCAAUGAGAAGAUGAAACAGUUACUGCCCAACAUUAAAAUUUUGGGUGGGUCUGUUGAUAAUAUAAAAGCGUGCACUCAGAAAGUUGAAAAUGGUGAUAAAUUAUCCCUUGGGGCUGAUACCAAUAUAUUGUGUCUGCAUACACCAUGUCAUACAAAGGGUCAUAUAAGUUACUAUGUCACAGCCAAGGAUGGAGAUGAUCCUGCCGUCUUUACUGGCGACACACUGUUUAUUGCUGGCUGCGGGAAGUUUUUCGAGGGGACUGCAGAGCAAAUGUACCAAUCUCUAUGUACUACACUUGGUUCUUUGCCAAAGCCAACCCGAGUAUAUUGUGGUCAUGAGUAUACAGUGAAGAAUUUGCAGUUUGCUUUGACUGUGGAACCAGAAAAUGGGAAGAUAUGUGAGAAGUUGUUAUGGGCUGAGCAAAAGAGAAAGAAUGGUCUUCCAACUGUACCAUCAACUAUCGAGAAUGAACUGGAAACAAACCCAUUCAUGCGUGUUGAUCUACCCGAGGUUCAGGAGAAGGUUGGCUGCAGAUCACCUGUCGAGGCCCUGCACGAAAUGAGAACACGGAAGGAUAAUUGGAGAGGAUGA